GCGGCCGGAAGCCCCGGCGGUGCUGCGUAACGCAUCCGGGGCAGGGCCGGGCCGGGCAGGGCAGGGCGGGCCGGGCCGCGCCGCGGGCCGCCAGGAUGCCGGACUACCUGGGCGCCGACCAGAGGAAGACCAAGGAGGAGGAGAAGGAGGAUAAGCCCAUCCGCGCUCUGGAUGAAGGAGAUAUUGCCUUGCUGAAAACAUAUGGCCAGAGCACAUACUCAAGGCAGAUCAAGCAAGUAGAAGAUGAUAUUCAACAACUACUUAAGAAAAUCAAUGAGCUCACUGGAAUCAAGGAAUCCGACACUGGCCUGGCUCCUCCUGCCCUUUGGGAUCUGGCAGCAGAUAAGCAAACUCUCCAAAGUGAGCAACCAUUACAAGUUGCAAGGUGUACAAAGAUAAUCAAUGCAGACUCCGAGGAUCCCAAGUACAUUAUCAAUGUCAAGCAGUUUGCCAAAUUUGUGGUGGAUCUCAGUGACCAGGUGGCACCUACUGACAUAGAAGAAGGCAUGAGAGUUGGGGUGGACAGAAACAAGUAUCAAAUCCAUAUCCCCUUGCCUCCAAAGAUUGAUCCCACAGUCACCAUGAUGCAAGUAGAAGAAAAACCAGAUGUCACUUACAGUGAUGUUGGUGGUUGUAAAGAGCAGAUUGAGAAGCUGAGAGAGGUGGUUGAAACCCCUCUGCUUCACCCUGAAAGAUUUGUUAACCUUGGAAUUGAGCCUCCCAAAGGAGUACUUUUGUUUGGGCCACCUGGUACGGGCAAAACACUUUGUGCCCGGGCUGUUGCUAACAGGACUGAUGCCUGCUUCAUCAGAGUAAUUGGAUCUGAAUUGGUGCAGAAGUAUGUGGGAGAGGGAGCUCGAAUGGUUCGUGAACUCUUUGAAAUGGCCAGAACUAAAAAAGCUUGUCUUAUAUUCUUUGAUGAAAUUGAUGCCAUUGGAGGUGCUCGUUUUGAUGAUGGGGCUGGGGGUGACAACGAAGUGCAACGUACUAUGCUGGAGCUGAUCAACCAGUUGGAUGGUUUUGACCCACGAGGCAACAUCAAAGUGCUGAUGGCUACAAACAGACCCGAUACUCUGGAUCCAGCCCUGAUGAGGCCCGGCAGGUUGGAUAGGAAGAUAGAGUUUAGCUUGCCUGAUCUUGAGGGGCGAACUCACAUAUUCAAGAUACAUGCUCGUUCCAUGAGUGUUGAAAGAGACAUAAGAUUUGAGCUGUUGGCUCGGCUGUGUCCUAAUAGCACAGGCGCUGAGAUUCGCAGUGUCUGCACGGAGGCAGGCAUGUUUGCUAUCCGAGCACGUCGAAAAAUUGCAACAGAGAAAGACUUCUUAGAAGCAGUGAACAAAGUCAUUAAAUCGUAUGCGAAAUUCAGUGCUACCCCCCGCUACAUGACCUACAACUAAUAUCUUGGAAUGUUUUUCCUGUUCCUGUUGUUAAACUUCCCGUGAAACAAAAAUUCAAGUGAGUAAUUCAUGUCUUGUUCUUGGAAGCUAGAAAUAAAUGGAGUAUUCCAGGCA